AAUCUCUAGGGUUUCUUCUCGGUCACUAGCUCUACGAUUCGAUUUCUCGAAAUUCGAGUUUCGAUGGUGAAUCACAGCGACGCUGAAGCUUGCGCCUCCGAUUCGAAGUCUCCUUCAGCUUCUUCGGAUCAUGGGUUAGAGGUGAAUGGGAUUCACGAUACAGAGCCGAUUGAUGAUGAUGAUAAUGAUGGUAUCUCCUUAGUUGAAGAUCUAUACAACGAUACGGAGCUCGUAGAUGACGGAGAAACACUAGACCAAGUGGUGGAUGAUAGUGAGGAUGAGGAAGGAGGAGGUAAAGGAAGUGUAGCUUCCUCUAAGCAGCCAUGUUUGCUGGAGAGAAGCGUCAGAGCUGUAGAUAUGCUCUUGGAGUCUGAUGGAUCUAAUGAUCAAGAAUGUCACACAGGGAAACAAGAAUCGAACUGUGAUGUAGUUGCCGGUUUUCAAGGCUCUUCGAGGAUUGCUGCUGAUAAUAGUCAUGGUCAAGGGCUGGAUUAUUUGGAUUCUCAGGAACCAGGAGAUGCAACGCAAGCGGAAGCUCUUGGUUUCGUGGACCAACUUUUGAUGGACAAAGAUCUAAACUUGUCACCACCGGUGAAUCUCCAGGAAGCUAGUCUGAGAAGGAAGUCGCCUCCUUUCUCAGGUGCCAAAGGACGUCAGUCUCUGGCUAAAAGAAUCAAGACCAUGAGUCCAACCAAGAAAAUGAGUGUCUUUGAUUGGGACUGUGACGAUCAGUGUGAUGUGAGUGGCCCUCAAAACUCUCCGGUCAAUGGUGGAAACGUUACAUGCUUCAAGAAAAGGGAAGCUUCCGUUAAAGAUGAUGAUCUAUGUGAGGAUAAAAAAGUCUUAGCUCGUCCCACAAAAAGAUGUAUGCAGAGCGAUUCUGCUAAACAUAACAAGAUGGAAACGGCAUCGGGCUUGAGUCAGGGCAUUAUGUUAAUCUCGCAGAUGGAUGCUCAGUUGCAGGAUAAAGCGUCAAAGGAGCAUUCUGAACCCGAGGAAGAUUUUGUUGAUGUCGGUAUCAACACUCAGAUUGCUGCUGAAGCAAUGAGUGCUUUACUGUUUGCUCCCUGCACUAUAGAAGAAGCUAGUGAAUCAGAAACGAGGGAUCAAGCCUGUAAUCUCUCCGGAAGGAACAAUGAUACCAUUGAGGGUAGUGCUCCAAACAAGAAGAGAAACUCUAAGAAGAAGAGGAAAUUUACUGUGAAAGAGAGAACCGGUACAAACGCCUCUGCUACAACAUGUCUUCUCAACUUAUGUGAAUGGAGGCAUCCCAGGGCCAAAAGAUCACGUCUUACUCCAAGGCAUCACGUCCCACCUAGGAAGUCUUGGGGUGCUAGCUUAGCUAAAGACAGAAGCGAAACCAACACUCUGUCAGGUAGGUUAGUAGUAUCAUUAAGUGGGAGAAGACAAGCCUCUUCUUGCCAAUCAGGUGUCGAUUUGGAUGUUCUAAACCAUGCAUCUCCAAAGAAAAUAUACGGCCGAAGUCAUGAAAGCUCUCCUGAUAAAGAUUUGCCUAGGCCAUUUCUUCCGAAGGAGAUCAAAAGGCUUGGAGGAUCAGGAAAGGUGGGUGACUUUAAGUGGAAAGACUUGAGGAGACGAAGAAACUUGGCACAUGUUCGUGUCUUAUUCAGCCAUAAUCUGGAUGAUGAAACAAUCAAGCAGCAGCAGAAGAUUAUGGGCCGACUAGGAAUUUCUCAGGCAUCUUCCUCGGCAGAGUCAACACAUUUCAUAGCAGAAAGGUUUUGUAGGACAAGGAAUAUGUUGGAAGCCAUAGCCCUUGGUAAACCUGUUGUUACAUCUCUAUGGCUGGAGAGCUGCGGACAAACAAGAUGCUUGUUAGAUGAGAAGAAUUACAUCUUAAGGGAUAGCAAAACGGAGAAAGACGGGUUCUCCUUGCGUACAUCUUUGGCCCGUGCAAAGCAGCAUCCCCUUCUUAAGGGAUUAAAAGUCUGCAUCACUCCCAACAUUAAACCGGACAGAGGUAUGAUUGCUCACUUAGUGAAGUUGACCCAAGGGCAGGUAGUGGAGAUAAGUGAAAUAAUUGCUGCAGCAGAUAGAGAAUUUCCUGAUGAUCUAUUGAUUAUUUCUUGCGAAGACGAUAGAGAUUUAUGUCUUCCUUUCAUUAAUCAAGGAGCUGAGAUUUACACCUCAGAGCUUUUGCUUAAUGGAAUCGUGAUUCAGAAACUGGAACAUGCCAGGCAUUAUCUCUUCUAAAAGGAACCAAAGAUACACAAAGUUUGCAGCAACACAUAGGGAUCUACUGGAGAUUCAGCACCAGGGUUCGGAUUGUUGAAGCCAACACUUGUUGGAGCAGCAGCUGGAUUUGUAUGAUAAGGAGGCGGAGGAGGAAGUCCAUUGUAAUUGGGAGGUGGUGGACCACCUUGACCUGGUAUUGGAGCCAAUCCUGGUGGCCUAAGCAUACCGUUUUGUGGAGGUGGUGGUGGUAAAGGAGCUCCAGGUGGUGCCAUCAUCUGUGGUACUCCUGGAGGAGGCAUGUAACCUGUAAAGGUACAAUAUUACAUAUCAAUUAAACAACUCAAUGCAAAGACUCAUGGUACAUUACAUCACAUAAGUGCAAACCAAAUCUCAGAUCGAUCAAGUGUAAAUCCGUGCACCAACCAAGCGGGUUAUAACUUUAUAAUUCUAGUAAA